ACCUCGUAGAUCUUCUCCAUCACCAACAAGUGCAAACAAAACCUCUGUAAUUCCCGGGAAAGUGUCCAUCUUUAUCACAACUCAGAUAAGCUAAUGUAACCAUGAGAGUCUUUAGAGUCGCAUCGGUCUCACUUCGGAUCUUCCCGUCGAAUCACUACACAACAUUCCCGUCGAAACAUAACGUUUCUUCUCUUUCACCUGCGACAAGCAUCGCGAGAGCUCUUCAAGAACACAUCAAUUCUCCGUCCCCAAAAGCUGGGAAAAGGAUUCACGCCGACAUCAUCAAAACUGGGUUUAGACCAGAUUUAAACAUAUCCAUCAAACUACUCAUUCUGCAUCUAAAAUGUGGCUGCCUGAGAUAUGCACGCCAAGUGUUCGACGAAUUACCCAAGCCAACAUUAUCGGCUUACAACUACUUGAUCAGUGGGUACCUAAAGCAUGGAUUGGUAAAAGAAUGUCUUCUCCUCGUUCAACGGAUGUCCCACUCUGGGGAAAAAGCAGACGGGUACACUCUUUCCAUGGUUCUUAAGGCAUCUAGUAGUCUUGUCUCGACUACGAUUCUGCACCGUAGCUUAUGCAGAUUGGUCCAUGCCCGGAUUAUAAAAUGCGACGUUGAACUAGAUGAUGUGUUAAUUACUGCACUUGUGGAUGCUUAUGUGAAAAGUGGGAAGCUGGAGUGUGCAAGAACUGUUUUCGAAACGAUGAAAGAUGAGAACGUCGUUUGUUCUACAUCAAUGAUCUCUGGUUACAUGAAUCAAGGUUUUGUGGAGGAUGCUGAAGAGAUUUUCAAUACAACCAGAGUGAAGGAUAUCGUAGUUUACAAUGCUAUGGUGGAAGGUUUCAGCAGAUCAGCUGAAACUGCUGAGAGAGCAGUUUGCAUGUAUAUUUUGUUGCAACGAGCUGGUUUCCAUCCAAAUAUUUCAUCUUUUGCUAGCGUGAUUGGAGCGUGCUCGGUUUUGACGGCUCGUGAAGUUGGUCAGCAAGUGCACGCUCAGGUUAUGAAGAGUGGAGUCUAUACACAUAUCAAAAUGGGGAGCUCUUUGUUAGACAUGUAUGCGAAAUGCGGAGGAAUCGAUGAUGCAAGAAGAGUCUUUGACCAAAUGCAAGAGAAGAACGUGUUUUCUUGGACUUCGAUGAUUGAUGGGUACGGAAAGAACGGGAACCCUGAGGAAGCAAUCGAACUCUUCACUAGGAUGAAGGAUUUCCAUGUCCAACCCAAUUACGUAACGUUUCUCGGAGCUCUCUCUUCUUGUUCACAUUCUGGUUUGGUUGAGAAAGGUUAUGAGAUCUUUGAGAGCAUGCAGAGAGAUUAUUCCAUGAAACCAAAGAUGGAACACUAUGCUUGCAUGGUUGAUCUCAUGGGUCGAGCUGGAGAUUUGAAUAAAGCUUUGGAAUUUGUUAGGGCGAUGCCUGAAAGGCCUGACUCCGAUGUUUGGGCUGCUCUUCUCAGUUCUUGUAGACUGCACGGUGAUGUGGACCUCGCAAGAAUAGCUGCAAAUGAGCUUUUCAAGCUUAAUGCUGACAAAAGACCUGGAGCUUAUAUAGCAUUGUCCAAUGUUUUAGCUUCUGCUGGUAAAUGGGAAAACGUGAGCGAGAUUCGAGAUGUGAUGAAGGCUAGAAAGAUACCUAAAAACAUUGGUCGUAGUUGGAUCGGUGUCGAGAAAGCUCAAUAAAAGGUAUUCAUAGAAGAUUUGAUUGGGAUUGAGACUUG